AUGACCGCAACCGCCAGCGAUAUGGACCAGGGGAAGGAUAUACCGGUGGCGGCGUCUGCGCUGCGUGAAGAGUCUCCUCGUGGCAGAGCUCUCAGCGGCACCCCUCCUGCUGAAGGCCUGGCUCCAGGAUCACUUCCGAGGCAUAUAACCACGGCCAGGCUUGCUUCACCCAUCCCUUCGUCGUCAUUUACGGAGGCACAGGACCUGCAGCUGAGGCAUGUCCCAACGCCCAGACAAGCUCCUCCCGCUGACUCAACUACAACGGAUUUCAAGGCCUCGUCCAUCGUGCCAUCAUCACUUGAUACUGCUCGCCCGUCCGCCUUGACCAGUGCUCUUCAGGACGAGAAUGGCUCCAACGGGACCACUAAUUCCUCCAAUGGAGCACCCGUCGAGGAUGCAGAAGUCGUAAAACGACAUCUUGUGCAACCACCACUUGAGUCAGCAGACUCUAAUGACACCAACGGGAAAAAGCCGGAAUCCACUAAAUCUGGCGGAAGUGGAAACAAAGAUGCAGAGGAGUUUUCCAGUCUACAGCUUCAAGGUGGUGAUAUUACGAGACCCAUCUACCGAUGGGCUGAAGCAGAGUCCCAGGAACAGCAGGGCCCCAAAAGACGGAAAAGUUUUGACCUUGCAAGGCCAGAACCUGAAUCCGAGACACUAGACAUCAGCACAAUCAGAGUUCCAGGUGGCUUUCGCCGAGACUUCCUGCGUCGAACCGGUGGAGAGCAAAAUACUCUCACCGCCCCUGCAGACCCUGAGCAGGCUCUUUCCCAGCCCCGUUUACCUACCAACAGCUUCUUGGAAUUCCUGACCUUGUUCGGUCAUUUUGCCGGUGAGGAGCUUGAGGAAGAUGACGAAGUGUUGGGCCCAGGCGAAUUUUUCACCCGGAGGGCUGGACCUGGAGAAGAGGAGCCUUCAGAGGAAACCUCUCUUCUUCGGCCAGGAAGCGCCGGAGGCCGUAUGCCCAAGGAACGAGCUGCCAAAGCCACAAAUACUUCUAUGGGCGCUAUUCUCCUCCUUUUAAAAUCAUUUGUUGGCACCGGUGUCCUGUUUCUCCCAAGGGCUUUUUUGAAUGGCGGAAUGCUAUUUAGCUCCAUCGUGCUAGUUGCGAUAUCGGCCCUAAGCUAUUACUGUUUCAUCCUGCUUGUCAACACCCGGAAUAAAAUCAAUGGCUCCUUUGGCGACAUGGGAGGCGUCCUUUACGGUGAGAAAAUGAGAAAGCUCAUUCUACUUUCCAUUGCUCUCAGCCAGCUUGGCUUCGUUGCCGCCUAUAUCGUUUUCGUCUCUCAAAACCUCCAAGCAUUUAUUUUAUCUGUCAGCAAUUGCGAGACGCUCAUGAACAUCAAAUAUGUUAUCUUGAUGCAGCUCAUUAUUUUCUUACCGCUCUCACUUGUUCGUGAUAUUUCCAAACUGGCCUUCACAGCCCUGAUUGCAGAUGUGUUCAUCUUACUCGGCUUGGUCUAUCUGUACGGAUUUGGCAUCAGUACCAUUAUGGAACAGGGUAUUGCCGACAUUCAGCCAUUCAACCCCAAAUCAUAUACCCUUCUAAUUGGAACCGCUAUCUUCACCUUCGAAGGAAUCGGCCUGAUCAUUCCUAUUCAAGAGUCUAUGAAACGCCCCGAGAAAUUCCCGGGUGUCCUAGCCCUGGUCAUGGUUAUUAUCACCGUAAUAUUUCUCUCCAUGGGCGUUGUCGGCUACGCGACCUUUGGCUCUAAGACCGAGACUGUUGUCAUUCUCAAUCUUCCUCAACAGGAUAAUUUUGUCCGAUCAAUCCAGUUCUUAUAUGCCGCUGCUAUCCUUCUGAGUACUCCUCUCCAGCUUUUCCCCGCCAUCAGAAUUCUGGAGAAUGGCCUCUUUACCCGUAGUGGAAAAUAUAACCCUGGAAUCAAAUGGAAGAAGAACAUAUUCCGCUUCUUCCUUGUUUUGUUAUGCGCUGUCAUUGCCUGGGGUGGAGCCGGAGACUUGGACAAGUUCGUCUCCCUAAUUGGUAGUUUCGCUUGUGUUCCGCUCGUCUUCGUGUAUCCGCCGAUGCUUCAUUACAAGGGCGCGGCAAGCACUUUUGUACAAAAGUCUUUGGACAUCAGUCUCGCCGUCUUCGGUCUGAUAUGCUGCGCAUACACUACCGCCCUAACUAUCUCUAACUGGGGAGAUGGUGGUGGUGGCUCCAAACUUCCUGGAUAUUGCGAUAAGUAA